AUGAUGGGCCCUCCACCCCCUUACAUGGCACCCAACGCGUCUGGUGCAUACCAGGCGGAGACCUAUGAUGCCAUGAGGUAUCACAUCGACCGGCUCCAGGGGAUGCUCAACGCAGCUGAAAUGGAUCUUCAGCAUACCAGAGGCAAACUGGACGAAGCCCGUGCCGCUGGUCAGCGUGACCGCGACGCGAUCCGCAAAAUGGAGAACCGAAUUGCAGAGCUGGAAGCCAUCGUCAACAAGCAGAAGCCGGCCAUCGGCGCUCAGAGCAAGACGGUUGCUCCCACCUCCACCAAGCCCAAGCCUCGUGCGCUGUCGUUUAGUUUCACUACUCCGCAGCACCACUUGGCGAAUGGCCAGGAGGCAACUCGCGUCUCGCGUUAUCGCCACGUCUUCAAUAACCCGCCGCCCAAAUUUGGGCUUGGGGAUCUGCCUACCCCGAACCCUGCAGGGGAUAAUCAAGCUACUGCAAAUGUCGCAGCUGAUGCCAGUUCCGCUGCUACGGUUCCCACCAUGUCUGCAGUCGACCGUUUGAAUGCGUUUGUACCCCCCAUUGGGGCCCAGGCUGCUGCCGAGGAGAAACCCGUCCCUCUAUCCUCCCUGCCCAGGAACCCACCUGAAGGCAUGAUGAUCAUGGAGGAGACCAACCUCAGCGCGAUGGACUUUGGGUACAAGUUCCAUUCCCUGUUCGAGAAAUCCGAAGCCUUCGGCCAGCGGUAUAUCAACUCGCCAACCGGGUAUGCGGACCCCAACAACACGAUUGGUUCGGAAACCAUGAUGCACUUGAUGCAGGCUUCGCAUCCAGACUCGGUGUCUACUCUUCUGACAGACACAACCACGCGCUUCGUGCUCCUGACCAAGGCGAUUAACUUGUAUCUUACCAGCAAGGUGCUUCGCAUAUCUGUUGUUAAGGGCUUCGAUUCCACUGCCGACUCUGAAAUCGGGCAGAUGAUGACGCUCUUGUAUCCUGACGCCCCGACAAGUGUCCGCGCCCUCCUCUUCGAAGCCAUGCGCCGCCAAGUAAACCGCAUCCGCAACAAACCCCUCUUUGCAAGCUUCUACAACAAGCGCAAAAACGAGCACGCAACCACUCUCUUCCGCUUAAUCUCCCCGCUUGUCCAGCGCAACCACCCAAACAUCUGGACCGACUUCGUCAGCAUCAUCGAAGAAGCGCACAGCGUCGCCCUGACCAUGUUCUCGGGCCCCUACGAGUUCCAGCUCCACUUCGCGGACGUCGGCGACCUGUUCGAUGCGCACUCGAUGUUUCAUCGGGACACGGCGUUGGUUGGGCGCGACCCGCAGACGCUGAUGAAGAAGGGCCAUCGCGUUAAGCUGAGCGUUACGCCGAUGAUCUGGUUUCGUAAUAAUGCUACGCCAGUGAAUGAGCCGAUGCAGAUUGUUAAUAUGGGGCUUGUUGUGCUUUCGCCCGCGAUGGAUGCUGCCACUGCUGCAGGUAAUGUCUGA